GCGGGCUUUCCCCUCAGCCGCGCGGGCGCGGUCGAAGUCGCCCUCAGCGGCCAGUGUGGAAAGCCGUCCACGGGCGGCCCGCGCGGGGUUAUUCCAUCUCCUCCUCCUCCUCCUCCCGCCGCCUCCACCACCUCUCAUCAUCCCCAGCGGCCGGGCGAGCUGGGGAUGAUGGCAGUUGGAGUGUCCGGGCAUGAAGUCGGGCCAGGCGCUUUAAAAAAAGAAAAGAAAAGAAAAAGAAACGCACGGGCCUCUUUGCUUCCCUCACCCCCGCCGGGUCUGCCUUGGAACCGCCGGGCGUGAGGGAAGCGGGGAGUGGAACGAGUUUCGUCAGCGGAACUCGCUUCGCCGGUUGAACUCGCCGCCUUUGGUCCUCGGGGCUCUUCUGACGGGCAGCUUGGCACUCGCGGUUUCCAACAGCCCUCUCGGUCCCAAGAAGCCCCGACUUCCUCCUCAGGCGGCCGGACUGAGGGGUUCCUUCUUUCCCUGGCCGAGCUAAACCCCCAUCCCGGUUCAGUGACAAAAGCGUCCCGGGUUAAUCAAGCUCCUGUCCCGGGACUAUUUUGAAUUCAUUCAAAACUCAAAAAAGAGAAAAUGAAAUGAUACUACCCGUGUUUCCCAGAAAAUAAGACCCUGUCUUAUAUAUUUUUUUUUAAUCCUGAAAUAAGCGCCACGAGCAAUUGGCCUUAUUAUCAGGGGAUGUGUUAUUUUGGGGGGAAACGGUAUAUAGGGCCCUCCUGGUUUGAUGGGUGGGGAGAGGGCUGGACUAGAAGACCUCCAAAGUCCUUCUGGCUCUAUUCCAGUUGAUUGGUUGAAAGAGAAGCCCGCCACCGGUUUUAAGUAGGAUCCACCCUAACGAAAAUUAAAAACUGGACAAAAUUAGGAUUACUGUAUGUUAACAGUCUCUGGGCAGCAUUUCAAUUUAAUACAUUAUUAGCGCAGGAGCCAGGUUCUAUGAAAUCUCCCUGUGAUUUAUGAUACAGAAUAUUCAUUACACUGACUGAGAUGGCUUUAGAUAACCGACGGGUGGUGGUUGGCGUUCGAUGUAGGAUAAAUAAGUUUAAACAGCCUGUUGGAAUAGCAGAGAUCUAUUUACCAAGAAUUGGCAUUUUUUAAAAAAUAAAUGCCAAAUUAUGAUAAAACAGGCUGCAGAAGGCGAUAAAAAGCAAUUGCAUUCCAUGCUCUUUUUUUUAAAAAAAUGGCAAUGCUAAUGUGGCACAAUGACGGGUUUGGGAUUGCAUUUCUGGAAAACAAUGCUUUUUCAAAAAAAUAAAAUUGCAGCUGAAAUGCUCCUUAAAUGUCCCUCUUCUAUCACCCAUUCUCUAUUCCGUGUUAAGGGUUUUUUUUGUUUGGCUUUUUAAAAUAAUGACAAAAUUGAUGACCUGGCACCAUUAUUGGAAGAUACCAUUGUUGAUUGGACAACUCUUGUUUCACAUGAAGAAAACUGCUAAACCUUAUUUACAAAAUAAUAAUAAUAAAGAUGCAAAUAGUGUUCUUGUUUGCCUCAACUUUUAUUCUCCCAUAAUAAUAAGCAGCUAAGGGAUUCUGAGCCUUCUGUUAUAGCCCUGGCAAUAUUUAUGGCACUACUGCAACUAAUCUAAGAUAAUGGCUGUGAUUUGAGUAAGCGAAUUCAUUUGGACUUAGCUAAAAGUAAAUUAGGAAAGUUGUGAUAUUAUUUCUGCUUUUGUAGAAGUAAAUUCCAUUAACAUCCAGGGGAAUUUAUUUGAGGCAGAUACAUAGCAUUCACUCUAUAAAAUAACUCUAUCUGAUAACCGUUGAACUAAUAAGCAGGCUCUCAUUCAAUUUAUCCUGAAUUCAGACAUGACUUUAAAGAACUAUUCAAACAUGGGUCAAAGAUUGAAUCUCCAAUUGAGUCAUUUCAACCUUGCCUUUUAAGAGAAAAUAAAAUACAUUUUCACAUACUGGAUAAUCUUAAAAAUUCAUUGUCAUUGUAUAGUAGAAUGACAACUAAGGGGUUUAGAACAGCUCUAGGAAAGAUUAUUAGACAGCAAGGUCAUUAGAGUUAUAUCUAAUCUUCAGAUUCAACACCACCACAGUGUAUUUCUCUGGGUAUCCUCUGAAGCAAAAUGAGAGGAGGAAGUGGAAUUACAUUUGUGUAUUGCUAAUGAGUUUUCUGCAGCCAGCAGGAGGGGCUGGUUGGUAGCGUGAAGCUGAAUUUGCUGAAUUGAUCAUCUGAUCCAGCAAUAACAAUGGCCUGUGAUUUUGAAUCUGAAAACAAGGAAACUCAUACACUCUCAGUUAUGAAAUGGGGUUUUGUGUUAAAGUUCUUAUUUCCAAAGAAUCAUGUGUAUGACCAUAUUCUUACUGGAAAUUCCCUAAAUCCUUGCUUUCCCAGCUCAUCUGCUGAUUUGGGAGCAACCAAUAGCCAAAAUUGCAUUUGGGGGUUCUUUUGGUCAUUAGUUUACAACCAAUGUAUUGUGAGAGGGGUUUUGAUUCUGGCGUUCUGCUGGCAAAGGAACAAAGAGAAAGCAACUCCCACAAUCUUGAAUCAUUUAAAAAGCAGGAAAUGCCUCCCACCCAAAUCCAAGCCGCCCAUUACAUAUUUUUCAAGCCUCUAUAGAUACUACAUCAAUCAUUGCAACGUGACUUUCCAGCUUUCUCUGCUUAUUAAGUGACACUGUUCAGUGCUUCAGCCUAAUUGGUUGGUUUAACAUCCCCCCACAAAAAAAACUGUGGGUGAAUUCAGAAACAAAUCAGCUAGGUACUAGACUAGAUUGUACUAGGUACAGUCUACACCAGUUGUAUAUAGGACUGCAGCCUUCACUUUCUAAUGAAUCCAAGUUCAAUAUAAAAUAACAGUUGUAUUUAAAAAAUACCCUUUUGUUUUCAGAUGGCUCAUGCUUCUGCUCUAGCAAGUGCAGCCCAGAAUAGAGAAAAGGGAAUGGCUGUGCAUCUUUUAAUUGCUGUCACAGUAACCACUUCAACCUUAUAAGAAAGCUAACAAGGCCAAGUCACUUUUGAGUUCCCAAAGCAAUAGUGGUAGAUAGGUUAGUCAAUUAUUCUGAGAACAAUCUUAGGUUGUCAGGAGAGGUUAAGACUAUUAAGAGAAGCCACAAAGGUGCUGAGGAUGUUUCUAUCACAUAUAUGGCCCCUUUUGACCUACUAUUAUGGACUAUGAUAAUUGUGUGUAAUUAGAGAUGACAGUUCUCCUCAACUCCCAAAUCAAGGUUGCCUCGGUUGUUUAUUGUUUGCUACAGCAUACUUGUCGCCUGGUGGCUCAGACUUCAUGUGAACAAAUGGCAAAUGCUGAAGUAAGCAUUCCUGUAGGCGAUGUGGUGGUUGUGCCAACCGAAGGAACGGAGGGGGAAAACCCAGAAGAUACCAAAACCCAGGUUAUAUUACAACUACAGCCAGUGCAACAAGGCAGAAUUUAUCAAGAGAGCUCUGAAACUAAUGCGGCCGUGAUGGCUGUAGAAACACAUACCAUACACAAACUUGAAGAUGGCAUUGAUGCCAGUGCUCUUGAAAGCAAUGCGGAAAUUGAGAUUGCCUACUCCAUUACCUGUGGAGAUAGCAAGGCCAUCUUGCUCUGGAAGAAAUUUGUGUGUCCAGGAAUCAAUGUCAAGUGUGUUAAGUUCAAUGAUCAGCUUAUCAGCCCCAAGCACUUUGUUCACCUGGCUGGCAAGUCCACCCUGAAGGACUGGAAGCGAGCCAUCCGCCUAGGAGGAAUCAUGCUGAGACAAUUCUUUGAACUGAUUUUCAUCCCCUCAGAUGACUGUUCUGUUUUCCAUUCAUUGUGCAGAAAGUUGAUGGACUCUGGGCAAAUUGAUUUCUAUCAGCAUGACAAAGUGUGCACCAACACCUGCCGAAGCACCAAGUUUGAUCUCCUGUUCAGCAGUGCCAGGGCCCCAGUACCAGGACAAACAAGCCUAGUACAGACCCCCACUUCUGCUGAUGGAAGCAUCACCCAAAUUGCAGUCUCUGAGGAAAGUGUAGAAGAAGGGAUUGAAUGGAAUUCUGCAAUGACAGCAGCAGUCACUAUGGCAACCGAUGAGGGAAUCAAGAAGGAUCCAGAGGAGAUUUCAGAGGAGAUGCUGAUGUUUUGGAAAGGCAUUGCUGAUGUGGGCUUGAUGGAAGAAGUGGUCUGUAAUAUUCAGAAGGAGAUAGAGGAGGUGCUCAAAGGGGUCCAGCAAAGGCUUGCCCAGUCCCCUUUCCAGAUUACUGAUGCUGCUGUUCUAAAUAAUGUCGCUCACACUUUUGGUCUGAUGGACACAGUGAAGAGAGUGCUGGAUAACAGGAAGAGUCAAACAGAUCAGGGAGAGGAGCAAUUUCUUAACACUCUGGCAGUACUAGAUCGCCAACUAGAAGACCAGAAGAAGUUUGCCAGGAACCCAUCCAUUCAGAAUGUGGUGCUGAUGCCAGUCAACACUCCAAAGCCUCCCAAAAGGCCCCGGUUGAAACGUCCAGCUUCAGCCACAGUUCUAAGUCCAUCGGCUCCCAUCCAGCAACCUCAAUUCACCGUCAUCUCGCCCAUCACCAUUGCGCCCAUGGGACAGCAGUUUUCCGUUAGCAACAUUCCAGUGGCCACGAUCAGCCAGGGCUCCAGCCCAGUGACUGUCCACACAUUGCCCUCAGGUUCCCAGCUUUUCCGCUAUGCCACCGUGGUUUCUUCCUCCAAAACCAGCUCAUCUGAUACGGUGACACUUCACCCUUCCUCAAGCUUAGCCCUGCUGAGCUCGGCAGCGAUGCAGGACAGUGGGACUCUUGCUAACGUGGCCACCGUGGUCAAUCCUGUGGAACUGGUGGCCAUGGAGUCUGGCCUGACUUCUACUAUCCAGGCUGUCGAAGGCACUUCCGAGGACGGACAGACAAUCAUAGAAAUAGACCCAGCACCUGAUCCAGAAGCCGAUGCUGAAGAAUCAGAGGGGAAAGCUGUGAUUUUGGGGACAGAGUUGAGGACUGAGGAGAAGGUGGUGGCUGAGGUUGAUGAACAUCAGCAUCAGGUCCAUAAUGUGGAGAUUGUAGUCUUGGAAGACUAGUCAGCAAGCCAUCCUGCCUUGCUAAAAAUGAUUCUUCACCUCUUACCCUUUUUAUUGGUUUGAAUCCCACCCCCCCUUUUUUUUACAGCCUUGCAGGUAAGUUCACACAAAUGCUGAUGAUCACUUUUAAACAGUCAUUUUCUCUAGGGGGGAAAAAGAGCAGGCAGGCUGCGCUUUCCAGUGUGGAUGAUGGGUUUGUGGGAAAAGGGAGAGGUCAGAAUUUUACCUGCCUAGUAAAAGGGGAGACAAGCCAUUGUUGUUAUCUCUCGGGUCAGGAGGGAUGGCAAGUCCGUAGACCCAGAUUUGAAGCGAUUCUUCUUGGGAUUGUUCAUCUCAGAAACAUAAUAAGCCGGCUCCUGGAAAUGUAACGACUGGAUGAGUAAUGACCUUAAAGCAAGAGCUUCCGUCUGCAUCUUUAGCGCUUCUUCACCCUAGGAAGAGAGAUUCCAUGUCCGCUUCUGACUUCCCAAGCAUUUUGCUUAUUUUUGGAAGUGGCGGAAGAAUCACAGCACUCUGAUUGAUCAGGUCACCAACCCUUCUUUGGAAUGUACUGUGUUUUUUUUGUUUUUUUUUAAAUAUUUUCCUUAAGCUGUUUGCCCAUUUGUGGCUUCAAAAAAUUGGAUUCUUGGCUCUUCCUUUUUGUACUUUCUCCAGUGGUUUUUUUUUCUUUUCCCUCGGUUGUUACGCGAUUUCUAGGAAAUGCUUACGCUUUAUGCCCAUGGAGGCACAUACAGGGAAGAAACUAGGAACUGAUAUGGCAGAUGCAGCGCCAAAUGACCACCUGCUCUCUCAAGUACAGAACUGAUAACCUGGAUGUCUGUAUACAACACGGUGGGAGACUUGGGCUCAGCAAACAGGGCAUGCCUGCUGUUUACUCAGCACUCUGGGAAACCAUACCACGCUGGCUUAGGUGUGCGCGUCUCUGUAUGUUUGAUGUUCAUAAGUUUUUUUUGGAGGGGGGGGAAGAUUACAGGAACCUGGAUGGCACAUCCCUUCAGCAAUGUGGCUGUCUGGUCUCCUUUUCUGUCAGGCUGGAUAUGUGUGUGUGGGUUGUUUGAGUAUCUUCCUUAAGGGAAGAGAAAGGAGUGGGGGGAAAAACCAGGAUUCCCUUCCCCAUCUCCCUACUGGCUGUAACGCAGUGCUUAUGGUCUCCCUCUCCAUAUUUUAAGAAAUUAGAAUUCAGAGUUGGAAGACUUGAAGUGUAAACCAGUUGAAUUGUUUUAAAACAGCAGUUUUAAAAAAACACACAAAAAAACCCUACGGGAGUCGGUUAGCACCAUUUGUUUUGUUUGGGUUUUCUUUGCAUUAAAAAGAUAAGCAAAAACAAAA